CUGGCGGAGAAGUUGCUGCAGAACAAAUGCCAUACGAUCGCAAGGGGCGCCGCUGGUUCGCGAACGAGAGUGGUCUCGCGUCGCAGCGGCCCAAGCGAGCGCGUGCGCCCACCGUUGUCGACGCUGAUCAACGGCGAGGUCCGAGGUCCAUUGCGGUCAUCAUCGUUGGCGUCACCGACCGCUUUUUGCUCGAGUCCAAGAUCUCGCGGGUACUUGAGCCGGCGCGCUGGGCAGGAUACCGGGUCGACUUUUACAUCGAGCUCGCCCAGGCAACCAACGCUUCCGAGGCGGCACACAAAUGGGUCGCUGCGCCGGCCGGGUGGAUGGGAGGAUCUGCAGGCACUCGCAAGCUGUGGCAGAGCGGCGAGAUCAAUGAGCGGACGGUGCGGAGGCAGAUCAGCAUCAGAGGAGGGAGGCUCUGCUACUUUCACCUCGGGCCAAUGCCCAACAUCACCGCCGCCCUGUCGGCCGGUCUCCGGCUCGAGCGUUGGAGCACCGUCCGGCACUAUAGUCCCUACUACGGGAUGGAACAUGUGUGGCAGCCUGGGCCGGGCUCAAGUGAAUCGAGCGGAAGGUGGGUCCAUACCGACCUCCGGCUCGAGGAGCACGAGUACCGCCGCAAGGCAGGGCGUAACCUGCUGCGCAAGUUCCAUGGCGUAGAGAUGCUGACGAGGCUGGCGCUCGACCGGAGCGAGGAGUGGGGCGGGUACGGUUGGUACCUCCAGACGAGCGACAAUGAUCACUGGCUCGGGCCGCUCGACCUGCGUUGGUUCGAGGCGCGACUCGCAGCCUUGCAGGCGGCGUGCCGCCGUAUGGCCUUUUGGGAGAGGAAGGGCUGCCUGCUCGCGGCUGCCAACGGGACCGCCUUCUCCAAGGGCU